AUGGAGACUAACUCCUUUUUGGCCAUGAGACCUGGGCCCUUCCGGAGCUGUUCAGGAGACCGUGAAAGCGCAGUUGACUCUGUGGACUCACCCAUCGUCCGCUGGGAGAUGCUCCCGGCGCACAUUUGGAACAGGAGUCGAAUGAUAAACAGAAAUGGCCAGAGUUCCUGUCAGACAGAGCCCCUUCGAGGAAUCCGCGCCCAUGCCACCAUGCGCAGUCACAUCCCUGUUUCUCCGAGAAACAACGCCGAUGCAGCGCCACCGGCUACAGCAGAAUCAACACGAACGACAGCAGCAGAAGUAGGCGUAGCUCUCAGAGAAAGCAAUCAAGGCAUGGAGAAUGGCAUUCUUGAAUCAGGAGGGGCGACGCCAGACUUUCCUUCCAGCGAAGUCAUAGGCUCUGAGCUUGAGGGAGACGGCAGCGACAGCAUUACCAGUAGCUGCGAUGGAACAGAGGCAGAUUUUGAAAGUAUUGAAGGUGGCGAAGUGAACUGUUUUUCUCCAUUUCAAGAGGGUGGAGAUUGGGUGCUGGAAGGCGCCUCCCCGCGUACUGGUAACUGUGACGGUGCGGCGUGUAUACGCUGCGCAGGUGCAAGUGUCGAGGCCGAGUUGUUCUUUGGGGCAGAUGUGAUAGACUUGGGAGCGAACCAAGGGAUAUGCUGCUCCUCUGACAGCGAAAGCGACGAUAGCAGGGAUAGCGCCUGCAGCACUCAGAGCGAAGGCGAUGCGGUUGAAGGGGCGACGAAAGCGGAAGCAGAAACCAAAGAGCCGGAAGGAGGUGCGGAGGAUAGAGGGACGACAGUGGAGAGCGAGGAGCACAAGCAGCAGCUACAGGGAGCGGUGGACGACAUGUGGCACCCCGUGUGCCCUGUGCACGGAUUAGACGGUAUCGGAGCCUUCCGGCUUAAGGUAGAUUUAGAGAGCAGCGACGCAGACGGCUGGACUGAUGUAGGAGGCGGGCAGUUCCCGUCGGGGGAAACAGAAGCCUGUACUUGCUUAAACGAGCCUUUCUGGCAGGGAGGCCAGCAACUACAGCAGCCAAGUCAGCUACAGGCCAAGUCUACAGAGCAGCAUACAAAAUCUAAAACUGAUGAUGCGCUCACAGGGGACACCGGACUUGUGCUGCCUGACAGGGGAAUUCUUCCAACAGGGAGUGCUGGGCCGACUGCAUCAAGGGAAGAAAUCGUCGAGGCACAGCCGGUUAGCAGCAACAGUUGCAGCAGCAGCAACAGCUAUGGAAACAGAAGCUACAGCGUGUCUGUAACCCCUGAGGCGUCCGAAGGCUCUCUCUCGCCCGCCAAUACCCAAGGGAAGGCAGACAUUCCCGUUGGUGGGCGGCUGCAGGACAUCAUGGCCAGCCUUGAAGCGCAGCAGUGGCGGUACACGCGCCCUCACGCACUCGCCGCCACUGCUGCGCUUCGAAGCGCCAGUCUUGAAGCAGCAGUGGACAAUACAUCGGGGCAACGCCGAUAUUAUUGGGAAAACACAAAAACAAAAGGACAACUCAGAGGAAGUCUAGGCUAA